AUGGAAGAAAAUGCCAACACCAGCUUUGAAGAAGAUUUUGAAGGACAGGCAACACACACAGGACCCAAAGGUGUCAUCAAUGACUGGAGAAAGUUUAAAUUAGAAAGCCAAGACAGAGGAUCCUUACCCUUGAGCAAGAAGGAAAUCCUUAAACAGAUGUCUACACCACACAGAUCUUUCAGCAAAGAUGAUAAAGACACCAGACAGAGAUUCUCCCGUAAGAUGAGCAUGCAGGAAUACGAAUUAAUCCAAGAUGAGCAAGAAGAUGAAAGCUGCCUACAAAACUACCGCAAACGCUGCAUGCAGGACAUGCACCAGAGGCUGAGUUUUGGGCCAAAAUAUGGUUACGUGAGCGAGCUGCAGAACGGGGAACAGUUCCUGGAAGCCGUGGAGAAGGAACGCAAAACCACCACCGUCAUCGUCCACAUCUAUGAAGAUGGCAUCAAGGGUUGUGAUGCUCUCAACAACAGCUUGACCUGCCUGGCAGCUGAAUAUCCCACUGUCAAGUUCUGCAAGAUCAAGGCCUCUGACACAGGGGCUGGAGACCGCUUCUCAAACGAAGUGCUCCCCACUCUUCUUGUCUACAAGGGUGGGGAGCUCCUGAGCAAUUUUAUCAGCAUUUCGGAACAAUUCAACGAGGAGUUUUUUGCUGUGGAUGUGGAGUCUUUCCUAAAUGAGUAUGGGCUGCUGCCUGAAAGGGAGCUUCCAGCCCUGGGAAAUGGUGACACGGAUGAGCAAGAUGUUGAAUAA